ACGCCUCCCGGGGCAGCCUAGACAAACCGCUUGGCGGAAGCUGUGCUUUUCCCGUCAGGAGACGCUCUGCUCCAGGUUUCCUGACGCCCUGUGCUCACUCGCCCUCUCUCAGCCCGGCUGGCCUCCUGCCGCAGGACCACCGCUUGGGGCUCCCAAGGCCAUGCAGAGCUUAGUAAUGGACCUGCGGAUGCUCUCCCGGGAGCUAUCCCUCUACCUGGAACACCAAGUCCGGAUUGGGUUCUUCGGUUCGGGAAUGGGCUUAUCCCUGAUCCUGGGCUUCAGCGUUGCUUAUGCCUGCUACUACCUGAGCAGCAUUGCCAAGAAGCCCCAGUUAGUGACGGGUGGUGAGAGUUUCAGCCGCUUUCUUCAGGACCACUGCCCCGUAGUGACAGAGACGUACUACCCGACGGUCUGGUGCUGGGAGAGUCGAGGGCAGACGCUACUGAGACCUUUCAUCGCUUCCAAACCCCCGGUGCAGUACAGGAAGGAAUGUAUUAAAACUGCAGAUGGAGGGCAGAUUUUGCUGGACUGGUUUGACAAUGAUCACAGUAAGAGUUACAUGGAUGCCAGCACCAGGCCUACAAUCUUACUGUUGCCCGGCCUCACCGGGACAAGCAAGGAAUCAUAUAUCCUCCAUAUGAUCCAUCUGAGUGAAGAAUUGGGAUACAGGUACCAUGUGUGGUUUUUUAACAACAGAGGAAUGGCAGGGAGAUGCUUACAGACACCAAGGACUUACUGUUGCGCUAACACGGAAGAUUUGGAGACAGUUAUUAACCACAUACACAGUCUGUACCCUUCGGCUCCUUUCCUGGCAGCAGGGGUUUCAAUGGGAGGAAUGCUGCUUCUAAAUUACCUGGGAAAAAUGGGGCAAAAAACUCCUUUGAAAGCAGCUGCAACAUUUUCAGUUGGUUGGAAUAUUUUUGCUUGCUCGGAGUCAUUGGAGAAACCACUGAACUGGCUGCUUUUUAAUUAUUAUUUGACAACUUGCCUCCAGUCUUCAGUUAAUAAGCACCGGCAUAUGUUUGUAAAACAGAUCGACAUGGAUCACGUCAUGAAGGCUAAAUCCAUCAGAGAGUUUGAUAAGCGAUUCACUUCGGUCAUGUUUGGAUACCGAACAAUUGAUGAUUGUUAUACUGAUGCCAGUCCAAAUCAUAGACUGAAAUCGGUAGGGAUUCCAGUGUUGUGUCUGAAUUCUGUGGAUGAUGUUUUUUCACCCAGUCAUGCUAUUCCAAUAGAAACUGCUAAGCAAAAUCCUAAUGUUGCUUUAGUCCUUACUUCUCAUGGAGGCCAUAUUGGUUUUCUGGAGGGUAUCUGGCCAAGGCAGUCCACUUAUAUGGAUCGAGUCUUCAAGCAGUUUGUGCAGGCCAUGGUUGAGCAUGGACAUGAACUCUCUACCAUGUAGUUCUUCAGGUGCAUUUUGUCUGAACCACCAUAUAAAGCAGCUCAGCUUAGUGUGCACAAUCUUAACUACUGUAUAUAAAGCAAAUAAGCCAGCAGGUGGUGAAGAGGUCUCAAGUGACAUGCAAAAACUACUUUUUUAGGAAACAAAACAACUUUGUAGCAAGAAAUAAAAUAUAGAUUUAGAUUGUAAUUUAUGUAGAUUUUAUUUUUACUAUGCCUUACCAAGUAUGACCUUAAAUAAAGUAGUACAAACAUGGAAUUGCACUUAACCAAAACUAUUGUAAUAUUUUAAUUCCUCAGGGUUUUAAUUUAGGCUUUUUUUUUAGAUUACUCAUUUUAUAUGAUUUAAUGGUACUUUAAUAACUGUUAAGAGAUUUUGGUUAUUUGAAUGUAAGUUGUAAGUUGGCACAUUCCUAAGAGUAUUAUACCUAAUGAUGACAACAUGUAAACUGAAAUAAGAUAAAAUACAACAUGCUAAUAUUUUAUGUAUUUUAACUUGAAAAGUCAAAUGCAACAAUGUUAGACUGACUUCUAUACAUGCUCUUUUAUUCUGAUAAUAUUAAAUUAAGGCUGAUUUAUGUUUUAUAAUGAUUAUAGUUUACAUGAUUAUUUUUAAAAUAGUAUAUAUAUGCAUACAUAUAUAUCAUUAUAUUAAAAUAAAUUCUGCCACUUUAA